UUGGUAUGGUGGAUGAUGGUUGGCAGCCAGAGGGGGAGAUUGUUGUGUGAUGUCAUCAUAUGCUAUCACAUUCUGUCUGCCUCCCAUCUCUUGUUUCAAUUCGUAUGUAUGGUUUGACUGUGUGUGAAAGAAUUUGUGUGUGGUGUGUUCUGGAGUUUGGGAAUGUGUUUUGUGUUAUUCUGUCUGAGAAGGUAUUUGUGAUGAUAGAUCUUGAGAAGAUCUUUCCGACGCAACAAGAAUCGCUUCAAUCGGAGCAAGAACGCAAAAGCUAUGAAGAUUCAAAGUUCAUGAGCUUGCGUUACAAUUGCGGCGGUUACAAAGUGAAGUUGUGGGGUGACUUUAUAUGGAGUUGGGACCUUUGGGGGUUGGGGAAAUUUGUCACUCUACUGUAACAGCUGCAAAUUGGUUGGGAACAACCAAGCUAGGUUGGCAAGGGUGGCCAACUUGGAUGGAUUGGUUGGGAAGGGACAAAUGUCAAAAUUGGGGUUCCUAUAGGGAGGGAAUCUUUGUGCUUAUAGG